AGAGAGAGAGAGAGAGAGAGAGAGAGAGAGGGGCUGGUGCUGGCAGACAUGGAGGAGCUGAGCGCUAUGGGAGAGCAGGUUUUUGAUGCCGAGUGCAUUCUGAACAAAAGGCUGCGAAAGGGAAAGUUGGAGUAUCUGGUGAAGUGGAGGGGAUGGUCGGCCAAGCACAAUAGCUGGGAGCCACAGGAGAACCUCCUUGACCCAAGACUGCUGGCUGCAUUUAACAAGAGGGAGCAGGAACGAGAGCUGUUACUCCAGAAAAGAGGAAAACGACCUCGUGGAAGACCGCGGAAAAUCAUGGAAACUGUUCCACAGGUCUCAAAAUCAAGUAGUUCCUCAUCAUCAUCAUCUUCAUCUGGCUCCUCCUCCUCUUCGUCCUCCUCUUCCUCUUCAUCUGAGGAUGACGAUGAUGACGAUGACGGGAAGCCGAAGCUGAGCCCCCGUCCGAGGGAACUGCAUCCCGUUCCACAGAAAAAGGCUCAGAUUUUAGUUGCCAAACCGGACCCCCCGAAGAAGAAGAGAGGCAGGAAACCUCUGGCGCCAGAGCUAAAGGCCUUGCGGCAGAGUCAAGCCAAGAGUUCACGAAAGCCUAUGCCCAAAGACUCUCUGUCUGACUUGCGAGGCAGCAUCAAGAAACCCCUUAUGCCUGCCAGCUUCACCUACACAGGCAUGAAUCGAGCUGCCAACAGGGAGCCAAUGGCAAUGCAGAGCAGAGGAUCCUUUAACCACAAUGCAUCUUCGAAGAGCUCUCUGGGUUCGUUGGGUCCAGGUCGCCCAGUGGGAUCGCUUGGACGGCCAUCGCAAGGGAAAAGCACUGCAGAUUUUAAACUCUCCGACAUGGCGAGUGGAGGAGGAGGACUGGAUUUAAAAGCGUCAGCAUGCAAGUCCCCGGGAGUGGCAUCCCUUAGUUUACACAACCCAAAACUUACAACCUGCAAUUCCAAUGGACAGGCAGCAGUGGGAGCUCCUAACUGGACAAAAAAACAGGAAUCUCUGGCACAAAGUCCAUUGCAACGACCGGCCAACAACAAACCUGCAACUGCUUUGUCCUCUGCAAAAAACAGUAACCAGACCACAAGCCUCCAGAAUGCCACCCUACAUAGUGUUAGCAAAAUGGCACAAGGUAGUGACACUUCUGCAGUUGAUGGUCAAGGCUCUAUCCAUCGGAACUCUGGAAGCACAGUGAGAAAAGGCCUAACACAAGAGAAAAGUCUUUUGCUGAAUCCGACCAGUCAAGCAACAGGAUUGGGAAUAGUGGGAACCCGCAAUAACAGUAUGCCUGUUGGGGUGGAGAGGGUAAAAUCAGAGGAUUGCAGUGACCCAGCGGAGAGAUUUGGGAAACCAAACCAAGGUAGGCCCCAGAAAGGCCUGAACUUCCCACCUACUUUGGACAGAAAUGGCUCCAAAGACGGCACCAAGAUGGCGAAGACACUGAGCGAAAUGAGCACAGGGGAAGAGGGAACAAGUUCUGAAUCUGAGCAUGAGUCUUCGUUAUCCAGCAAAAGGCAGGAUCUCUCUAUUGGUGUGCAGGCAAGCCAGGACUGGAGGCCCACACGCAGCCUGAUAGAACACGUUUUUGUCACCGACGUCACCGCCAACCUAGUCACAGUCACCGUGAAGGAGUCUCCCACCAGUGUUGGCUUCUUCAGUAUCCGGAAUUACUAAUCGUUUGUGAACUAUUUUGGUGCUUGGAAGACUUCAGAAACAUUUUGUUCUCUACUCACAUCUCCAGGAUUUUAUACUGGGAGUUUUCAUCUUUUUUUAAUUUUUAAUUUUCUUUCUUUUUUUUUAUUCAAAGAACCGUCUCAAUUUGCCAUUUAAAAGGUAGAGCAGACUGACUCAACAUUCUCUAACAAACAUUGACAUUGCAGUGCAUUUGCAGUUGGCUCUAUAUUGUUCAGAAACAAGAGCCUACAAGCCAAAUGAACUAGCGUAAAGGGAGGACAACAUUCUAGAACAAAGUAAAAUGGGGCUGGAGUGGGAGACAAUCUGGAGACUCCCAACAAUCACACACAGAGAUAGUGAAGGUAUAAGGUUUGUAAGUGUUUGUUAGAGGAUGUGUGGUCAGUGGCCUUAAAAUAGGAGACCAAACUUAAGACUGGAAGAUAUGAUACAUGAUUGAGAAAAUGCUCUUUAUGUACGUCUUCAAUCAGGUGCUUUGCUAAGUGGUGCUUAGUGAAAGAAGAAACACAGUCUUGUAGGUCACAUUUUUAUACUAUGUUACAACCAAUGUGUCUUAUACUAAGUCAGCGGACAUAUAUGCGAGCCUCGUCAUGGAUAUCGGAGCAAACGUGGUUAAAUGUUCUCAAACAGUAUUGUUUACAAGAGCACAAAACUACAGAAGAAGACAACUUUUAAACUUAUCCAAAGUUUUUUUGUUUGUUAUUUUGGCCAGUUUAAAGUGGCCAGUUUUAGAUUUGUGAAGCUUUCGCCUUGCUAGAACUAUAAGCAGCAGUCUCAAGAGCAGUUUAGCAUUGUUCUGUUCUGGCUAAUAUGUGGCCUUCUCUUUGAUAGCAUUUGAAAUCUCCAUCUUUAUUUAUUGUUUCUUACUGUGUUGUGUUUUUUAGAUUGUGUAAAAACAGUAAACAAUCUUUUUUGUAGGAAAAAAGCUGAAAACUCAUUUUAAAUCAAACUUUCAUGAAGCAUGGACUUGACACAGUUUAUUUUAAAUGAGACAUGUUUGAGUUAAGGGUUAGAAUGUGAAUCUUAAAGGGGAAUUCCACUGAUUUUUCAGGAUCACUGACAUGUAAAUGAAGUCUUCCAGAGUGGUUUGAUGUGGUGUAACGUAGAGAAAUUUACUGACUUAGCUGUAUUUAUUUUCUUUGAAUGGCCAAAACCUAAUCGCAAAACUAUCAUUAAACAACGUCUCAGGCAACAAGUAAUGUAUUUAUAUAUAAAAUGUCUCAUUUUACAUAUGAGGGUGUUUUUAGGCUGCGUUCACAUUACCAGGUUGAAAUGCCACAAAUCCAAUUUUUUUGUUGCGCUAUCUGUUUUGUGGUCAUGCGACCUUAAUGUGAACGCCCCACUCGGAAUUCAUGUGCUUUUUUCCACUGUGCGUCUGCCAACAUUCAGCGUUACCGUGGCAGCAGUAAAAAAAAAAAGCAACACAUCUCAUCUUUUUUGCCUUCGUCUUACUCUAUUAAUGACGCUGAGAGCUGUUCCGAGUUAAUUAUCUAUGCAGCGAAGGCUCGUUCUGCUCGUUGGUUUGUUUGCUGAUGAUGCGUGUGACGCACGUGGUUCAUUCACGUUACGUUACUGAUUAAGUAGAUUGUGCACAUGUGGGUCUUUUCGGGACGUUGGCUCAUUCCCAUUAAUGACCGAUUCUAAUCAUGUACAUAAAUGAGUGUGAUAUCAUGUCACGGAUAUCAGAUUUGAGCAAAAAAUCUGACUUGAGCAGUGAUCCCAAACACCACCAUUGUUUCUCUAGACCAGUAUCAUUUCACAUCAAACUACUUAAGACUUUGUUUACAUCUUAACCAUUUGAUUAUGCAGAAAAUUUGAAAAAUAGGUACAAUUCCCCUUUUAAGAAAACUGGCAGCUUUUCUUUCCAAAUUCAUUUGUCCUUAGUCGCUUAACUGAAAGGAUUUUAAUUUAUCUCUGUAGAGGGUUCAGAUCUUUCAAAUCUCAAGUGCCUUGUUGUUUCAGUGUUUAGCCAGUGAGGUGCUUAACAGAAUCUAUUAUGGGUUAUAGUUCCUCUGCUCUGGUCAGUAUAUAUGUAUGCAGUUUCUGUGGCAAAGAGGUUCCAGUCUUUGAAAACCUCCAGCCAGUUUUAAUUUAAAUGUUUUUUUUUUUUUUAUUUUUUUUUUUUUUUGUAGUAAUUGUCAGGGUAGGUUCCGUUCAGUCCACAAUAUUGAUAGCACCAAACAGCUACAGGUAGCUAAUUGUCUUUUUUAGUUCUGGUCUAUUUUGUCAAGAGGCCUCUGAGGUUAUCUUACAAUGGACAUGGAUCUUUUUAAAUCUAGAUAUUCCGGCAUGCCUUCAGUAGACACAAGUUUGAUUACAUGGUUGCAACAUGUACUUCAAGCAGCCAAUUAAACCACAUUUUCAUCUGUAA